GCAGGCACACUGGGAGUCAGGCAAACAGACAGAAACACAGACAGAUGAAGUAAACUCUGCAAAAUGUACAUCUGGUUCACCGUGUUAGCCGGACUGGCUAUCCUGUCCUUAGCCUUCCUCAAGUCAGUUUCCCCUUACUUUGUCGAGGACUGGGUCUACAUCCUGAGGAGCCUCAAACUCGGAGUCAGACUUGUUAAAUAUAAAAAAGUCAAGCCUUUCUACAGCAUCGUGGACUGCUUCUUGGAUGCAGUGAAGAGACAUCCCAAUAAGGUGUUUUUGCUGUUUGAGGGCCGCGAGUAUUCCUAUGGAGAGGUGGAUAAACAGAGCAACAAGGUGGCCAGAGCCCUGCAGGCUGAAGCGGGGCUGAGGGAGGGGGACACGGUAGCUCUGUUCCUCGCCAACGAGCCCAGUUAUGUGUGGACUUGGCUGGGUUUGGCCAAGCUUGGCUGUCCAACAGCUCUGCUCAAUUUUAACAUACGGUCCAAGUCCCUGCUGCACUGUUUCUCCUGCUGCGGGGCCAAAGUCAUCAUCGUGUCUCCAGAGCUGCAGGAUGCUGUGGAGGAAGUUUUACCGACACUGAGAGAGCAGGAGAUCCGCGUGUUCAUGCUGUCUGAGUCCUGCAGCAUCGAAGGCAUCAAUGCUUUGUCUGAAAAGAUCUCCCAGGCCUCGGAUCAGGAACAACAGGUAUACCUGGAAAAUCCUCUGACACACUGACAGCAGUGAUUACACGCCCUCACCGACAGCCACAAAAAUAAAUCUUAUUAUUAUGUUAAUACAGCAUGGUCAUUGUGUUUAACUUCAUAAGGUUUACCUAAAGCAGCCUUUGUCACCCAUGAGAGAGUUUGGGCUGCCUCCUUCCUGCAGGCAGCAUGUGGAGUCACACCAGACGACAUCUUCUACAUCAACCUACCUCUCUAUCACAGUGCAGGCUUCCUCAUCGGGAUGGUUGGAGGCAUUGAGAGAGGUAUGACCAUUGUUCUGAGGAGAAAGUUCUCAGCCUCUCAGUUUUGGGAUGACUGCAGGAAGUAUAAUGUGACUGUGAUGCAGUACAUCGGGGAGACGUUACGCUACCUCUGCAACACUCCCAAGAAAGACAACGACAAAGACCACAAAGUCAGGAUUGGCAUUGGAAAUGGAGUCCGCACAGAUAUUUGGUCAGAGUUUCUGAAUCGCUUUGGGGACAUCAAAAUCAAAGAGCUGUACGCUGCCACAGAGGGAAACAUCGGCUUCAUCAACUACACGUCCAAGAUCGGUGCAGUGGGAAGAGUCAAUUUCCUCCAUAAGUUUUUCUUCCCCUUCACUUUGAUCAAGUUUGACAUCGAGAAGGAGGAACCUGUGAGGAACUCAAAGGGUCUGUGCAUCGAGGCAGCCAGAGGUGAGGUGGGACUUUUGGUGGGAAAGGUGACUCAUAGGUCUCCGUUUGUUGGUUACGCUGGAAACAAGCAGCAGACUGAGAAAAAGAGGCUUCGGGACGUGUUGAAGAAAGGCGAUUUGUACUUCAACUCCGGAGAUUUACUACGGUUUGAUCAUGACAACUUUGUGUAUUUUCAGGAUCGCGUUGGAGACACUUUCAGGUGGAAAGGAGAAAACGUGGCCACGUCAGAGGUUGCAGAUAUUCUCACAAUGGCUCAUUGUAUUCUGGAGGCAAAUGUGUAUGGAGUUAAAGUUGAAGGCCAUGAGGGCCGCAUUGGUAUGGCAGCUGUCACUUUAAAAGAAGAAGAAGAUUUUGACUGUUUGGACGCCUACAAGCAGGUCGUCACCUACCUCCCAGCCUAUGCAAGACCUCGAUUCAUCAGGAUCCAGCCGUGCCUGGAAAUGACAGGGACGUUCAAGAUGAAGAAAGUGAAGCUGGUUGAGGAGGGAUUCAACCCAGCUCACAUCAAAGAUCCUCUAUACUUUUUAGAUCCUGAGAAAAAGACGUAUGUCCCUAUGACCGAGGAGAUUUACGAAGCCAUUGCUUCAAGAGAGAUCAAACUGUAACAGAACUGAAAGCAGUCCUGCUUAACAAGAGGGAUUGCUUGCUUUCAAAGUAGCAGCUCAUUCAUCAAACACAUUUUUUUUAAAUCUUCUUUUAUUUCCUGAUGAUCACCAGCACCAGUAGGUAAGCAUUGCCUAUAAGGAGAUUAGAAGUGUGCUCAUAUCAUUCCUUAAAUCCAUUCCCUCUACAGCCACAUGCCAGUGUGAACAAAAGUUUUUUUAAUGAACAUAAAAUGAGGAGGACACUGAUUUAUACCCCUCAAGUCCCAGGGAUAUAAAUUGCUGACCAUACCUGAAAAAGUUUAUUGAGUAGGAAAAUAAUGGAAGCCAAAGCCCAAAACAGAAUUGUGCAUUUCAUAGUAAAACUUUUUUUCAUUCUCUUUUCAUAUAAUAUUGAAUUUCAGGCAUUUCAUUAAAUAAAGAACAAAGUUUUUUUCAUUAAAUUUUCCAAAAUUUACUGAGUGGACCAUUUACUAAACUAUCUUUUAUAUCUGAGAGAGAGAGAGAGAUUCAGUCUUCUUUGAAUACAGUUUCUAAAUGUAGCAGUAUUAUUUUAAAUGUGUAGUUACUCCAGGGAAAAUUUAAACUCAAACACUUGAUUUGUUAAAGACUAAUCUUAUUCUCAAACUUUUUGAAAUGGUUUAAUUUUAUUGUGUAAAUGUGACAAUAAAUUUUCUGGAGUUUGUUAAAUAUGUAUCAUUUUGUCAUCUGCAUAAAGUGACAUUUUGUGUCUAAUAUUAUGAAAUGUCCGUCCUGUAGUUAAUAUUUAGUCUGAUUUAUUGAGGCCAUGGACAACCUGCUAUAGUUGAAUUCUCCUAAAGAACAUUUUUGUUGUCCGGCGAUAACAAAAUAACUUGAUAGAAAGUCACCCAAAUCUCAUUUAGGUUUUGGGUAAUGAUAUUGUCCAUAAAACACAUUAAUUUUAUGACCCUUUCUACUUCCCCUCUCCAUUUAUUCUUUUCAGUGUCUUACUAAAUUCUCUAUUCUUAUGUUUAAUAUGAUUCAUUUUUAUUUCAGUUGAAAAUUAAUCUAAAGCUUUUUACUCAAAAUGCAGAAAAUGGACUCAAUUAAAGUUCCCUUGUCCAAAGAUUUACAGAAGGGUCCAAUUGAAAUAUUCAAGAACCUUUGCUUAUGUUAUUUACUCUGUGCAUACAAUUUAAAAACCUCUAUAGAAGAAAUAUUUAUUACAAAAAAUAGCUGAUGUACACUACAAAAAAUUAGUGUAUUUGACUAAUUUCAAGCCAGAGAAUGCUAAUUACAUUUUAUACAAGCAUUGGUCAAGAGAUUUCAAGGUUUUAUCAUAUUUCGUAUUUCAGAAAAAAAAAAAUAUUAUUUUCAGUUUCAAUGACAAGUGAAGAGUGAAUGUUUUUCAAGACAAAAUCUUGACUUUUAUUGAAGAACUAUUAUGACCUUAAACCCAAAGCUCAAUGAUACUUUUCACGGCAGGUUCCAGUCCCUUAAAAAAGCAAGUAUGUGGCAGAAAGCAGUCAAGUAAACUGUAUUAAAUGAUUCAAAUGCAGCCUACUCCUGAAUUUUUCAUUAAAAACAAAGUGAAAUUGUGUACAACCUUAUUUGAAACACACUUAAUGUUGGUAGCCCCUUUAAGACUUUUGUUGUCUGGUUCUAAUCAGUCUUAUUUAAUUAAAUUGAUUUUCCUUCUUUCACUUUGAAUCCUUUAUGAUUUUCAGAGAUAAGCAAAAGUGAUUACUAGCUAUAAAUAGAAUCAAGACAGCUUUUUGUUUUAACAUAAACUAAUCUCAGGGACAGACUCACUGUGAACUAUUAAAUCAUGUCUAAAGAGACCACUUUUUAUUAACAUGUGCUGUACAUCUCUACAGGUUUUACAAAGGUUUGUCAUAAAGCAGACAGUUACUGUCUGUUGUAGUUUCAUAAAUAAACUGGUUACUCCUGC